GCCAUAAACAAACACAUGCAAUCUUUCUUUCUCUUUUCUCUCUCUCUCAUUCUCUCUCUCUCUCUCUAUCCAUUACGAAUCACCAAUCAAUCAUCACGUAAUCUUCAUCUUCUUCUUUUUUUUUUUCAUUUUCUUUUUUUCUCUUCCGUGUGAUUAGUCCUUCCACCGAGUCAAUCGGCAUGACUCGGCGGUGCUCACACUGUAGCAACAACGGCCACAAUUCCAGGACAUGCCCCAACCGCGGCGGCGGCGGCGGAGUGAAGCUGUUCGGUGUGAGGCUGACGGAUGGAUCAAUCAUAAAGAAGAGUGCGAGUAUGGGGAAUCUGAUGACGCUUCACCACCAUUGUUCGUCUCCUUCUUCCUCGUUUGUGGCCACCGCCGGCGAUAACCCAGGCUCGCCUGAUCCCGUUGGUUACUUGUCCGACGACCCUGCCCACGCCUCGUCCUUCGCCAACCGCCGUGGCGAAAGAAAGAAAGGUGUUCCAUGGACCGAAGAAGAACAUCGGAUGUUCUUAGUUGGUCUGCAAAAGCUGGGGAAAGGAGAUUGGCGUGGAAUAUCACGUAAUUUUGUUGUAUCAAGAACCCCUACUCAAGUAGCAAGUCAUGCCCAGAAGUAUUUUAUCCGACAGAGUAAUGCUACCCGGAGAAAGAGGCGUUCCAGCCUCUUUGACAUGGCUCCAGAUAUGCCUACGGAACCGCCUUCGGUGCUGGAAAAACAAGUACUGCUUCUGACCUCUGAGAACUCACAAUCUCCCAAUGUAAAAUCACAACCUUCAUUAAAUCUAUCUCUCAAAUCUGAAGUUGACCCCAUGGAAAUUGCUUCUGAGGAAAAUGUGAAAGAGAACAAUGUAGCUAAUGGGUUGAAAACAAAGGCUCCUGAAUACUUCCCAACUUAUGUACCUGUCCAAUUUUCCAUAUGGCCAUCACUGGAAGCUUCCUUUCAAGAAAGUAAUGGAGUAGAGACAUCUCAUCAUGAGGUUGUAAAGCCAAUUCCAGUCGUUCCCAAGAAUCCGGUCAAUGUUGAUGCACUUGUGGGAAUGUCUAAUCUGAGCAUUGGAAACACACAGAUGAUUCUUGAAAGGGAGCCUUCCCCACUUUCCCUGAAAUUGUUAGGAGAGCCAUCGAGGCAGUCGGCAUUCCAUGCAAAUACUCAUGCGCCUGUUGGCCGGUCGGACCUAAGCAGUGGCAAGAACAAUCCAAUCCAAGCUGUUUGAGUCUAUUGAAGACAACAGUAAACUAAGCCUUUUUUUGGUCAUCUUUUUCCUUUGUAAUAUCACAUAUAAUUUUUUUUCUCCUUUUCUUUUCUAAGUCAUAGUGUUUUAAUGUUUGGAAGAUUAUCUUCCAAGUAGUAUGAAAGUUACAUGAUGGUAUGUAGCUCAGGUUAGAUCGAUUCUUGACAAACAUAUAUUCUUUCGUUCUAAGUGUAAACAAAUGAAGCUUAAAUAAUCAUAUAUACGGCCAAGAGGUUUCUCCUCUUCCACUAGGUUUGGUUAAAA